UAUAAUAUUGUUUUAAAACAAAAUGGCGUCUCAGAUAGAAGAAACUCUGAAGAGAAUUCAAACCAGUGACGGUGUCAUCGGCUUCGUAAUAGUAAACAGCGAUGGCAUACCGAUUAAAUCCAACAUGGACGAUGCAGUUUCCGUCCGGUACGCUGGAUUAGUGCAACAGCUAAUCGCAACAUCACAGAUUACGAUAAAAAAAGAUGACCCGACUGAUAAAUUGACAUACAUGCGGUUGCGUACCAAACAAAAUGAGAUCAUUGUUAUACCGGAUAAACAUUAUAGUAUGGUGGUAGUUCAAAAACCAACUGGUUCUAGAUCACCAAUGUAAAAUUGACUAAAAAUUGAUAUAUUGCUUGUAAUAUAUGUAUAUAUAUAAAUAAAUAAUU